GCCCUGUUUGCGAUUCUUCUGAUGCUGGGCUUGCUUGGUGUGGCGACAGCCUCACAGGAGCAGGUCGCCAGCUUGAUCGGAGGCUUGAAUAUGCAGGGAGACGAGGCCGUGCGACGAUUCCAACAAGGUGCAGCAGGUGUUCUCAUCGUCAGCUUCAUCUGGCUGUAUUUCUUCCAUGUUGCCAUCUACCACAACACGAUAGCGCUGACAGUGUCCAGAUGGUAUUUCCGAGGAGAUCUGCAGGAGCAUCACAUGUGCCCUUCCCUUGGAGGCUGCUUGGGUGGCCCGGUUGCCAUCUCGCUUUUGCAGGCCUUCCGAUAUCAUGUUGGCUCACUGGCCUUCGGUGCACUUGCCCUGACUGCUUGUACCGUGCCGCGACUGGUGCGGGAAGCACAGUCGCAUGCAGUCAUGCAGCAGUCAUGCAGCCGGCAGGUUUGCAUAACUCAAGUCGUGCAGUCAUCAGGCUUGAGUACGUGGAGAAGCAUGCCAAAGAAACCGGCGAACAAAAUGCUUUGGCCGCAGCUGUGCGCUGUGCGACGAGGUGUUGUUUAAGCUGGCUUCACUGCUGCUUGCAGUUUGUGACGGAGUACGCCUACAUGUACGUGGCCAUCAUAGGAGAGCCUUUCUGCCCCUCAACAUGCAAGUCGUUUCAACUCUUCACCAAGUACCCUGCGCAGGUCGCUCUUAACACUCUAACAUCGGUGGUGCUCGGCUUUCUGGUGUGCAUCGGCGUGCCGUUUGCACUCGUACUCGCCGCUUUCUUCGAGCUGCGAGACAGUUGGGUCAACUUUCAGCCUGUCGCAGUCUGCGUGAUCAUCCUUGCGUACAUCAUAUCUCGCAUGUCAGUCGGAGUUUACGAUGCGAUACUGACGACUCUUUUCAUCUGCGCGAUGAGGGACGAGGAGUACUGUGGCGGACAACACAUGGGCCCCGAGCUUCGACAAGCGCCGUCAGCUGAGAAGGGCGAUGGUGGAGUUCUCAUGAUCAUCCGCUUCAACAGCGCAGCGCAACCCUUUGUUAAUGCAGGAAGCCGCUCUGACUACGCUCUCAUGUUGCCUUCUGUGCUGGUGAAAUGCACUGAGAGAGUGGCCAAAGAUGGCGAAGCUGUGAGGCGGUCAGCGCGUACCUUGCUCGGGCAUGAGCUUGUAGCCCUGGAGAAGUAUGACAAGGCCAUCCAGCAAUACCGCAGUGCCAUCGAUGUGGAUCCACGACACUAUGGUGCAUGGUGGGGCCUUGGAAGGGUCUGUCAGUGCCAGGAAGACUUAGUACAGGCCAAGUACAACUUUCUGCGAGCUGUGGAGAUCAAUGGUUCCAACCAGGUCUUGCGAACUUCCCUCGGCAUGGUGCUGCAGGCCUUAGGGGAGCCCCAGCGGGCUUUGCAACUUGUCAAUCGCGCGGCCGAGAGCAGCCAUUGCCGAGCUUUGGCAUUGUUUCAAAAGGCAUGCAUCCUGUCCUCGCAAAAGCAGCACUUGAAGGCUGCGGAUGAGCUCGUUCAAGCCAAACGCUUGGCUCCACGCGAACCUUGCAUCCAUGUGCAGAUGGGGAGAGUGCAGUUAGGCCUUGGAAAUGUUCGCGAAGCUCUACAGCAUUUCACGCAUGCAAUGGACUUAUGCGCUGCAUCAGGAGACCGUCAGCUUAUUGCAGCAGCGGAGGAAGAGCUUCGCAAUGCAAUGCCUGAUGAAGCAAGAUCAGCGAGAUCGUUGACAUCGGCUUUGUCAGAUGCAGGCGAAUGA